ACCCGUUGGCGAUCGCAGUCUUCAGGCCCAAAACCUAGAAUUGGUCCAUUGAAUACAGAAUUUGAAGGAGUUAAAGUAGAAAAUGGUGGUCCAGUACAGUUUUCAAAACUCUUUAAACCACUCUGUUUCACUUUUGUUGUAAGUUACUGUAUUUAUUGUGAAAUAAUGAAAGACAUGUACAGUUUUUAUGCAUUCUUGCUUACACUUAGACAUUUAGAGUCAUUGUUCUGUAAGUUGAUUUAAAAAGUGUUUGGUUCCGAAGCAAAAGGGUGUGAGGAUGUGAACUUGUUUCAUCUGGAUCAGGUUCAGUGGUGUUUCAUGUGACCAAAACAGGCAGGGAUUUUAGUGACAAUUAGAUACUGAAGGACUCUGCUUCAUGGAGUAAGACUAUAUAAGUUUACUGCAGAAUGUGUGUUUUGGUUAUAGUUGUGGAAGAUGAGAAAAGAGUUACGCAUAUAAUAUGUGAUUUUUGUCUUGCAAACAUGACUCUUCCUUUUUUCACAUUUCUUUGCAACACAUUGACCAGUUAUGUAUGAUCUGAAGCUUUCACAGCAACUAAGUAUAAUGACUUCUGUCCAGGCACCUGUCAUAUUAGCUCAGGAAGUUUUGUCUGUGCUACAAUAUGGCAGUAUGAAAACGUGCGAGCGAGAGCAAUAUUGCUGUUGAAGAAGCCUGGUGGUUGGGACCAUGGAAACCUGUUUGUUGUAAAGAAACAUGGGACAUGGCGUAAUCAUGUAAACACUUGGUGGAACAGUCUCACUGAAGGACAAAGACUUUUCUUCCCAAUAUGUUUUGUGAACUGUUUAGUUUUUCUAGCAUGGCGAGUUCCUCGGUUACAGGGUAUAAUGGUGCAAUAUUUCUGUUCUAAUCCAGCAUCUAGAGCAGUCUGUUGGCCUAUGGUCCUCUCCACCUUCAGCCAUUAUUCAGCUAUACAUCUCCUUGCAAAUAUGUUUGUUCUGCAUAGUUUUUUGUCAGGAGCUGUUGCUUCAUUGGGAAAGGAGCAGUUUCUUGGGCUGUACAUGAGUGCUGGGGUUAUUUCAUCGAUGUCUAGUUACUUCCACAAAAGUUUGAUAAAGAAACCUGGAUUCUCACUUGGUGCAUCAGGAGCCAUCAUGUGUUUGUUGGGAUAUGUGUGUACAGAGUAUCCAGAGACAAAACUUACCAUCAUCUUCUUGCCCCUCUUCACAUUUCCAGCUGCUGCAGCAAUUAAAGUGAUUAUGGCAGUAGAUGCGGCUGGUGUUCUUUUAGGAUGGAAAUUCUUUGACCAUGCAGCUCAUUUAGGAGGAGCAGCGUGUGGAAUUACUUGGAGUUAUUGGGGUAAUGCAUAUAUUUGGCAGAAGAGGGAACCUCUAUUACACUGGUGGCAUAAAUUGCGAGGUGGAUCUGUGAAAUAACUGU